ACUACUGAGGAUCCAUUUCACCGAACACAUCGUGAAAUUUCACAACUGGAUGGAAGCACUGGUCGGUCCGAGCAAUAUAGCAUACGCUCAACAUGGAUUCCGCUGUCAGUCGUCGGUCGAACAUAAAAAUCGCAGUAGGCGCUGUCGUAUGCGAAGAGAGCACUUUGAAAGGGCACAUAACAAUCGGUUCGAGAACGGUCGUACAUCCGAGGGCCAGUAUCAUCGCCGAAGCUGGUCCGAUAAUCAUUGGAGAGGGAAACAUAGUCGAGGAAAUGGCGGUGAUAGCGAACAGACUGCCGGCUGGAGCCCCGGAGCCUGCGUCAACCCCUGUCAUGAUUAUUGGAAACUUUAACGUAUUCGAAACGGACAGUAGAUGCGAGGCAUUGAAAGUAGGCGACAACAAUAUUUUGGAGAUGAAAGCCUCGGUUAGCCGGGAGGUGGAACUGACCAACGGCUGUGUCGUCGGAGCAGCUUGUUCGCUCACCGAACCUGAGACCGUGUCCGAGAAUACCAUAAUUUUUGGCAGCCAGUGUCAGCGGAGAGAGAUGAAUGACAAGCCGUAUCCUCAAGUUGGACAGAUCGAUUAUCUAACGCGAGUAUUUCCGAAUUAUCACCACCUGCGAAAACCUAACAUGAAGAUCGUCAAGGAGCCUGCUAUUUAAACGACAACUAACGUGUAUUCGCAAAUAUUUUUUAUCGAUUUCGCAAUUAAAUAUUCAUACGUAUGUAACUAUAAUAAACAAUCAAAUAUCACUUCA